GAGAGCUUAGAGCAAUAUAGCGUUCUAGCAAACUCAACUCUCCUCCAUAUUAUAAACCUCACUUACUCAAAUUCUUUAACUUCACAAUAUUUAUCAAUCACACAUUUUAAUAUGGUAGUGGCAACUCCAACUCCCCUUCUGCGCCGCGGUAAUAAGAAAAGCGCCGCGUUUGGGGUUCCGACAAUUGACUUGUCCGAGGACAAGUCCAUUGCGUCCGAAAUGAUUGUGAAAGCAUGCGAAGAUUACGGUUUCUUUAAAGUAGUAAAUCACGGUGUUCCAAAGAAGGUUAUUGCGAGAAUGGAAAGAGAAGCGGUGGACUUCUUUUCGCGUCCCAUUUCCCAGAAGGGACGCGCUGGACCCGCGGCUCCUUUCGGGUAUGGUUGCAAGAACAUUGGCUUCAAUGGCGAUAAGGGUGAUCUUGAGUAUAUUCUAUUGGAAGCAAAUCCUGUUUCUCUUUCUCAACGCGCCAAAACCAUCUCUAAUGACCCUUCUACUUUCAGCUCGGUCACAAAUGAUUAUGUAAGUGCAGUUAGGAAGCUGUCUUGCCACAUUCUUGAAUUGGUGGCUGAAGGUUUAUGGAUCGAAGAUAAGUCAAUUUACAGCAAGCUCAUCAGUAAUUCACAAAACGACUCUUGCUUCAGGGUCAAUCACUAUCCACCAUUUAUUGCACCUAAUAAUCAUAAUCAUGAUGAUGAUGAUGUAGAAUUACACGAUAAUCAUUGGGACCCAUCAUCAGAGAAGCUGGAAGAAAAACGACUCUACAUCUCCCCUCUCAUCCCAACAACUACUGUUGGAUCAAAAUCAUCAUUAAGAGUUGAGUUUGGAGAACACACUGACCCACAGAUAUUGACUAUCCUUAGAUCAAAUGACGUUAGUGGCCUCCAAAUUUGUACUCAUGAUGGAUUUUGGAUUCCUGUUCCUCCUGAUCCUAAUGAGUUCUUCGUUUUUGUGGGGGACUCCUUUCAGGCUCUGACGAAUGGAAGAUUUACGAGUGUAAGGCAUAGAGUUGUAUCGAUAAAUUCAUGGAAGAGCAGAAUGUCCAUGAUGUACUUUGCGGCUCCUGCUCUUGACGCUUGGAUAAGUGCUCCUCCUCAAAUCAACAAUAUCUAUAGGCCCUUCACGUGGGGCAACUUCAAACAAAUUGUAUAUUCAUUACGUCUGGCUGAUAGUCGUCUUGACUAUUUCAAGAAUCACACCCAAUGAUGACACCUUGUUUUGCUUUCAAAGAGUACUUAGCUAGCUAGCUAUAUGUGUAGCUUCAUAUACAUAUAUAGUCAUCUUUUAGGUGUACUCAUAGUGUAAAUUUUUUGUUCAAUGUUAUUAAUUAAUGUAUAAAAUUUAGUUAGUUUAUAA